AUGGCUCUGAUCAAGUUCCCCAAGAUUUACAACACCUACUUUGUGGCUUUCAUUGCCACCGUGGGCGGCAUGUUGUUCGGUUUCGACAUCUCGUCCAUGUCAGCCAUCAUUGGAACCAAGCAAUACAAUAGUUUCUUCGACAACCCUGCCGGUGUGACUCAAGGCGCAAUCGGUUCAGCCCUUGCUGCGGGAUCCGUUGUGGGCUCGAUCAUCGCGGGGCCGGUAUCCAACAAGAUUGGCCGACGUGACUCGAUCAUGUUCGCCUGCCUGUGGUGGUUAGUCGGCACAGCUGUGCAGACAGGAACAAACGGUAUCGGCUCUCUCAUUGCUGGCCGUGUCCUUAACGGAGUGACUGUGGGCAUCACCAGCUCUCAAGUGCCGGUGUACCUUGCAGAAAUCUCUCGCAAGGAGAAGCGUGGAGCUAUCAUUAUCAUCCAGCAACUUGCAAUCGAAUGGGGUAUUUUGAUCAUGUACUUUAUCGGCUACGGAUGCAGCUUCAUCGAUGGUCCGGCCUCUUUCCGGACCGCUUGGGGGAUCCAAUUUGUGCCUUGUGUCUUCCUCAUGUGCGGACUGCCAUUCCUUCCAAGAUCUCCCCGAUGGCUUGCCAAAGUCGACCGAGUCGAUGAGGCCAUCCGAACACUGGCCAAGAUUCAGGCCAAUGGAAACCAAAGUGACCCCCUGGUCGUGGCCGAGUGGCAGGAAAUUACGGAAACUCUGGUUGCUGAACGAGCAGCUGCCCAAGGUUGGCGCAAGUUUGUCUACAACGGCAUGUGGAAGCGGACCUUGACCGGCUUCACCGUCCAGAUGUGGCAACAGAAUAGCGGUGCUAAUGUCAUGACAUACUAUGUCGUUUACAUCUUCAUGAUGGCAGGCCUGACGGGCAACAUCAACCUCAUUGCCUCGGGUGUGCAGUACGCGCUGUUCAUUGUUUUCACCACGAUCAUGUUCUUCUACAUCGACAAGACGGGCCGAAGGCCUCUUCUCAUCUAUGGAGCCCUUGCCAUGGGUGCAUGCCAUUUUGUCGUCGGUGGCAUUCUGUCUGCGGGCGAAAGUGUUCCGGAAGGUGUCGGUGGUAACAAAAAUGUCCUGAUCAAAGUGGAAGGUUCCAAAGCCAACACCGUGAUUGCAUUCUCCUACCUCCUGAUCAUUGUUUAUGCCUUGACCUUGGCUCCCGUCGCUUGGGUCUACGCCGCCGAAGUCUGGAGCUUGGAAACCCGUGCGACGGGCAUGGGUAUUGCUGCUCUGGGCAAUUGGCUGUUCAACUUCGCCUUGGGUCUUUAUAUUCCACCUGGGUUCCAAAACAUCAAAUGGGGAAUGUUCAUUGUUUUUGGUUGCAUGUGUGUGCUGGCAGCUAUCCAGUUCUACUUCACCUAUCCAGAGACCUGCAACAAAUCACUCGAGGAAAUUGAAGAAAUGUUUUCCCACGGUGGACCAAAACCAUGGCAUACCAAGCCUGGCCAGUCCAGGUUGGAUAGAAUGGUUGAUGUCGCCCGUGAGAAGCACUAUACGGUGGACGAUAUCAUUCAAAAGUCUCACUCUAUUGAUCACGGUACCCACGUCGAAAUUGCCGGUGAAAAGGCCGUCGAGGAGCAAGUCAAGACUGCUUGA